AUGGAGGCCAUGAUUUUGAACGGUGUUCUUCUUGGAAACAGUUAUGGGGUGGUAGCUCGCGUGGCUGUGGCGGGUCUUCGUGGUGGAGUGACGGCCUUCGAGGCAUAUUUGUCUCGGUCAUGGCGAGCUGUGGAGCUCAUAAAAUUUGAGUCUGGAACUACGACCCUAUAUUUUGUAGAUAAUCACCAUAUGACCAUUAAGAAAGGCUCCUUUUCAGACGUUCGAGUUAGGUCAAGGAAAGCUACUUUAUCAGAUUGCUCCUUUUUACGAACUGGGAUUGACAUAUGUGUUCUCUCAGCCUCUCAGGGUAAUGACAAUUCAGAUGAAUCUAGUGCUAAUCAUGUGUGGCUUGAUGCUAAAAUAAAUUCCAUACAGAGAAAACCACAUAAUCCAGAGUGCUCAUGUCAGUAUUAUGUAAACUUCUAUGUUAAUCAAGGUUCACUUGGUACAGAGCUGAGAACUCUUAGGAAGGAGGUUAAAGUAGUUGGAAUAAAUGAAAUUGCCAUCCUCCAAAAGCUUGAACGUAAUACUUGUCAACACAAAUACUAUCGAUGGGAAUCAUCUGAAGACUGCUCCAAAGUGCCACAUACUAAAUUGUUAGGAAAAUUUAUAUCUGACCUUUCAUGGUUGGUUGUUGCAUCUGCUAUAAGGAAGGUUUCAUUCUGUGCAAGAUCUGUGGAAAACAAUAUUGUGUAUCAAAUUUUAGGGAGUGAUGCCACAACCUCUUCAUUAUACAUGGAUUCUGAAAUAAGUGUUGUGAACUUUAAAGUGAACGAAGACGGCACGCAAAUGCCUGUUAUUCAUCUAGUUGAUUUAUUUGAGACUGACACCAAUACAAGCGGCGAUAAACAUGAUUCCCAUUAUGAUGAAGUGCCAUCAUCUUAUGGUUUUGAGGGCUUACGACGAUCCAAACGUAGGAACAUACAACCUGAACGUUACUCUGAUUGUGGUAAUGUUUCUGAGAUAAAGGUUGGUAAUGUUCGAACCUGGCCAUACAAGUUAAACAAAAGGAAAGAUGAUGAUGAUGGUGGUGAAGAGUCAUUGCCAUUAGCACAAGAGAAUAGUGACAAUAGUCAAAAGGUCAAUGAACUGAGUUCUUGCCAGGAGAUUAUAGUGUACCAUGGGAGGAAUGAAACGCUGGAAUUAAAGUCAGGUGAGGCCAAUCAAACUCAACUUGCUAGUGUUCCUCUUCUUGAAGAAGGUGAUUCAUUAGCCCUUGAGCAUCAUCAUCUCAAUGACAAUGUUACUAGAAGAAGUGAUGCAUAUUAUAGCACCCCUAAGCUUAAGAGGAAGAGAUUAGUUGAUCUGGAAGCUGAUGUAGAUUUUGAUCCUGGAAGGGAAGGCAUAAAUUCCAAUAAAGGAGUUAGCGAGAAAAGACAUGGUUCAUCAUGGUAUUCAAGAAGCAGAAGCCAUGCUGCAGAACACAGUUAUAAAGACAGAAGCUUAAAUGCAACUGCCUACAAGGAAAUGAUAGAUUCAUACUUGAAGGAUGUCAAUAGAACACCAACUACAGAAGAGCCACCUGUAAUGGACCAGCGGAAGGAAAUAGGCAACUUUGGGCAAAAGAAGGAAGCAGAAAUACCUGAAAGAGAGGACGAGGAGCAAAUCUCUGAGAUCGAUAUGUUGUGGAGAGAAAUGGAAAUGGCACUGGCAUCAAGUUAUCUUGAAGAAACAGAGGGUUCAAAUAGUGCCAAUUUUGCCAAGACUACGGAAGAAUCUAAUCGCACUUGUCCGCAUGAUUACAGAUUGUCUGAAGAAAUUGGAAUUUAUUGCUACAAAUGUGGCUUUGUGAAAACCGAGAUAAAAUAUAUUACGCCACCCUUCAUUGAAAUGCAACGCUCAGUGAGGCACCAAGAGGAAAAGCAAUGCAAUGGAAAAGAUACAAAGGAAAAGGCUAGUAAAGAUGAUGAUUUCCAUCUGCUCUCAACUCAUGCUCCUACAGAUGAACAUAACUCUAUGGAACAUGAUAACGUUUGGAAGUUAAUUCCCCAAUUUAGAGAAAAGUUGCAUGACCACCAAAAGAAGGCUUUUGAAUUUCUUUGGCAAAAUAUUGGAGGGUCUAUGGAGCCAAAACUUAUGGAUGCAGAAUCCAAAAGAAGAGGGGGUUGUGUGAUAUCUCAUGCUCCUGGAGCUGGUAAAACUUUUCUCAUCAUUGCAUUUCUCGUUAGCUAUUUAAAGCUAUUCCCAGGGAAGAAGCCUCUUAUCCUUGCUCCAAAAGGCACACUUUACACUUGGUGCAAAGAAUUCAACAAGUGGGAAAUUUCUAUGCCAGUGUAUCUGAUUCAUGGGCGUGGUGGAACUCAGAAAGAUACUGAGCAAAAUUCAAUUGUUCUUCCUGGUUUUCCAAAUCCAAAUAAAGAUGUCAAGCAUGUUUUGGACUGCUUGCAAAAGAUAAAACUGUGGCAAGAGAAACCAAGUGUUUUGGUCAUGAGCUAUACUGCAUUUUUAGCAUUAAUGAGAGAGGGUUCAGAGUUUGCACACAGAAAAUAUAUGGCUAAAGCAUUGAGGGAAGGUCCUGGGAUCUUGAUACUUGAUGAAGGGCACAAUCCAAGAAGCACCAAGUCAAGGUUGAGGAAAGGGUUGAUGAAACUGAAAACAGAUCUAAGAAUACUACUUUCCGGUACAUUAUUUCAGAACAAUUUUUGUGAAUACUUCAACACACUUUGCUUGGCAAGACCAAAGUUUAUCUCCGAAGUGCUUGAUACAUUAGACCCGAUUACCAGAAGGAAAAGCAAAACAGUAGAAAAGGCAGGUCAUUUGCUAGAAUCACGAGCUAGAAAAUUGUUCUUAGAUAAAAUUGCUAAGAAAAUUGACUCGGGUAUUGGAAAUGAGAGGAUGCAGGGUCUAAACAUGUUGAGAGAAACCACAAAUGGUUUUGUAGAUGUUUAUGAGAGUGAAAAUUUUGAUAGUGCUCCUGGUUUACAAAUCUACACGUUGCUAAUGAAUACAACUGACAAGCAGCGUGAGAUUUUGCCAAAACUACACACGAGAGUGGACGAGUGCAAUGGUUACCCUCUAGAGCUAGAGCUUUUGGUAACUCUUGGAUCAAUACAUCCAUGGUUGGUUAAAACAACCUCAUGCGCAAAUAAGUUUUUCACUGCGGACCAAUUGAAGCAGCUAGACAAAUACAAGUAUGAUAUGAAAGCAGGAUCAAAAGUUAAAUUUGUUCUGAGCCUUGUUUUCCGUGUUAUGCAGAGAGAGAAAGUACUUAUCUUCUGCCACAACCUUGCACCUGUGAAGUUAUUGAUAGAGUUAUUUGAGAUGUUCUUCAAAUGGAAAAAAGAUAGAGAAAUUCUGCUGCUUAGUGGGGAACUAGACCUCUUUGAACGCGGGAAAGUGAUAGAUAAGUUUGAGGAGCAUGGAGGAGCAUCAAAGGUACUCCUUGCUUCAAUUACAGCUUGUGCUGAAGGCAUUAGUUUAACAGCAGCUUCUAGAGUGAUUUUUUUGGACUCAGAAUGGAAUCCAUCGAAAACAAAACAGGCUAUUGCACGGGCUUUUCGUCCUGGUCAAGAAAAAAUGGUUUACGUUUAUCAGCUCUUGGUAACAGGCACAUUGGAGGAAGAUAAGUACAAAAGAACCACUUGGAAAGAGUGGGUUUCUAGCAUGAUUUUUAGUGAGGCUUUUGAGCAGAACCCUUCACAUUCGCGAGCAGUGAACAUUGAAGAUGAUAUACUGAGGGAAAUGGUUGAGGAGGACAAGUCUAAAACUAUUCAUAUGAUUCUAAAGAAUGAAAAGGCUUCAACAAAUUGA